CAGAUGCAGGGCUUGUCGCCGUCAUCCGGACCAUCUGUUUGCCAUCAUUUCCAAGCUUUGGAGCGUUGCAACUAUUCUUAUAGUCGAGCCAUUGAUAUCGAUGAGACCCAGUAGCGGCGUCCCGCCGGAUUCGAGGCGUUGUAUCGCGAAGACAUCUCUCUGUAUUAAGAAACCAGUCAUGGCUCCAGUGAAAAGAGAAGAACGCCGACGGAUUCCACUCACAGCAUUCACCUUGGUCACCGUCCCGGAGGACCCAAUGCUGUCGGUGUAUCUGAGGAGCCGGGAGGCCAUCGACAUAAGCAUGGAAAAGAGGAUGUCUGGCGCCAAGCUGGAGGCGCGUUCAAGCUCUUGCGCGACUUCGCAUUCAACCGAGGGCGUUCCCCAGCUGCACCAUGUUCACGACCCCUCAAUCGACAAAGACAAGCUCACCGGUAGACUCCGAGUUGCCAGGAUGGAGCUCGAGCUCGACAAGUUCAUGGCGACUCUGACGGCAGCAGAGUCGCCUGACGCCGUCGUCGAGACAAUUGCUUCGACCAAAGGCCUAAAGUCUCAUGACAGCCGCGAGACAGGACAAGGAAAGAAUUCAAGCCAUGCCUCCACAUUCGACUACAAGUAG